AGUUCACACGUGGGGUGCGUGGUGCGGCGCGCGCGCCUGGGCCGUCGGUUGAGGAGCCGGCAGUAGCGAGGCGGCGGGAGGCGGGAAGGACCGCGCGCUCGGCCGGCGCCAUGCAGCGCCGCAAGGUGGAUAAUCGAAUCCGGGUGCUGAUUGAGAACGGGGUGGCGGAGCGGCAGAGGAGCCUCUUCGUGGUGGUCGGCGACCGCGGCAAGGACCAGGUGGUUAUACUUCACCACAUGUUGUCCAAGGCGACUGUCAAGGCCAGGCCCUCUGUCCUGUGGUGUUACAAAAAGGAGCUGGGCUUUAGCAGCCACCGUAAGAAGAGAAUGAGGCAACUGCAGAAGAAGAUUAAAAGUGGAACCUUGAACAUAAAAGAUGAUGAUCCUUUCGAAUUGUUUAUAGCAGCCACAAACAUUCGCUACUGCUAUUACAAUGAAACUCAUAAGAUUCUUGGUAACACUUUUGGCAUGUGUGUGCUUCAGGAUUUUGAAGCCUUGACUCCAAACCUGCUAGCUAGAACUGUAGAAACAGUGGAAGGGGGUGGAAUUGUAGUAAUUCUCCUGAGAACAAUGAACUCACUGAAGCAGCUCUAUACAAUGACCAUGGAUGUACACUCUCGCUAUAGAACAGAGGCACACCAGGACGUGGUAGGACGGUUUAAUGAAAGGUUCAUUCUGUCUCUGGCCUCAUGCAAGAAUUGCAUCGUGAUUGAUGAUCAGCUGAAUAUCUUGCCCAUCUCCAGUCACGUUGCAAACAUCACACCCGUUCCACCACAGUCACAGGAAGAUAGUCUUCGGCCACAAGACUUGGAGCUGAAAGAGCUGAAGGAGAGCUUGCAGGAUACACAGCCUGUAGGAGUUCUGGUGGAUGGCUGUAAAACCUUGGAUCAGGCAAAAGCAGUUCUGAAAUUUAUUGAAGCCAUUUCUGAGAAGACCCUGCGGAGCACUGUGGCUUUAACGGCAGCCAGGGGACGUGGUAAAUCUGCUGCUUUAGGACUGGCUAUUGCUGGAGCAGUAGCUUUUGGUUACUCCAACAUUUUUGUCACAUCUCCAAGUCCUGAUAACCUUCACACUCUCUUUGAGUUCAUAUUUAAAGGCUUUGAUGCACUGCAGUAUCAGGAACACCUGGACUAUGAGAUUAUUCAGUCCUUAAACCCGGAAUUUAACAAAGCAGUUGUCAGAGUGAAUGUGUUCAAGGAGCACAGACAGACCAUUCAGUACAUACACCCUGCUGAUUCUGUGAAACUGGGUCAGGCUGAACUUGUGGUGAUCGAUGAAGCUGCUGCCAUUCCUCUCCCCCUGGUGAAAAAAUUGCUAGGCCCUUACCUUGUUUUCAUGGCUUCGACAAUCAAUGGGUAUGAGGGUACUGGUCGAUCACUGUCUUUGAAGCUUAUUCAGCAGCUCCGGCAACAGAGUGCACAAGCCCAAGUCACCAUGACAGCGGAGAACAAAUCUACAGCUACAGCCAAACUUGCCUCAGCUCGUACAUUGCAUGAGGUCUCCCUCCAUGAAUCAAUCAGGUACGCACCUGGUGAUCCAGUUGAAAAAUGGCUGAAUGAUCUGCUGUGUUUGGACUGUCUCAGCAUCACCAGAAUUAUCUCCGGCUGCCCGCUGCCUGAGGCUUGUGACCUAUAUUAUGUAAAUAGAGACACACUCUUUUGUUACCACAGAGCAUCAGAAGUUUUUCUGCAGAGACUGAUGGCCCUUUAUGUGGCUUCACACUACAAGAACUCUCCCAAUGACCUCCAGAUGCUAUCUGAUGCACCUGCCCAUCAUCUUUUUUGUCUUUUGCCUCCUGUUCCACCUACCCAGAAUUCGUUACCAGAAGUACUUGCUGUUGUUCAGGUGUGCAUGGAGGGAGAGAUCUCUCGCCAAUCUAUCAUGAACAGCCUUUCUAGGGGAAAGAAAGCUUCUGGUGAUCUUAUUCCCUGGACCAUUUCAGAGCAGUUCCAAGAUCCAGACUUUGGGGCCCUGUCUGGCGGGCGUGUUGUUCGCAUUGCAGUUCAUCCAGAUUAUCAGGGGAUGGGCUAUGGCAGCAGAGCUCUGAAUUUACUGCAGAUGUACUAUGAAGGCAAAUUCCCAUGUUUGGAAGAAAAACCAAUCCAAAAGCCAAAAGAAAUUGCAACUGUAAGCAGUGAGGCUGUUAGUUUGUUAGAAGAAGUUGUGACACCUCGGAAAGACUUGCCACCUUUACUUCUCAAACUGAGUGAGAGACCAGCUGAGAGUCUAGACUACCUUGGGGUAUCAUAUGGUCUAACACCAAGAUUACUUAAGUUUUGGAAGCGUGCUGGAUUUGUGCCAGUUUAUCUAAGGCAGACACCAAAUGAUCUGACUGGUGAGCAUUCGUGCAUCAUGAUGAAGAUGCUGAAUGAAGAGGACGUUGAACAGGAGCCUUGGCUUACUGCCUUCUGGAAAGAUUUUAGGAGGCGGUUUCUUUCUCUACUUUCCUACCAGUUCAGCACAUUCUCUCCCUCGCUUGCAUUGAAUAUCCUACAGAACAAAAAUAUCAAACAGCAGUCACAGCCCCCCAUCAGCCGUGCUGAAUUAGAAUCUGCUUUCAUCCCGUAUGACCUAAAGAGAUUAGAGAUGUACUCUCGCAACAUGGUGGACUAUCAUCUCAUCAUGGACAUGGUACCUACCAUUGCCAGGAUGUUUUUUCUCAACCAGUUGGGUGAUAUCUCUCUGUCUGCAGCACAGUCGGCCCUUCUUCUAGGGAUUGGCCUACAGCAUAAAUCUCUAGAGCAACUGGAAAAGGAGGUGGAACUGCCUAGCAGUCAGCUGAUGGGUCUCUUCAACAGAAUCAUCCGCAAGGUCGUCCAGUUGUUCAACACCGUCCAGGAAAAGGCUGUGGAAGAACAGAUGGUAGCAACAAAGGAUAUUGUAAUGGAGCCAACGAUCAAAUCUUUAAAUGAUGAUUUGGAAGAAGCUGCAAAGGAAUUCCAAGAAAAACACAAGCAAGAAGUGGGGAAGCUGAAGGAAAUGGACCUUACACAAUAUAUUAUCCGGGGUGAUGAUGAAGAAUGGAAUGAGGUGCUGAGCAAAGCAGGACAGAACGCCUCCAUCGUCAGUGUGAAAAGUGAGAAGAAAAGAAAACUAGAAACAGUAAGAGGACACAAACAGCAGAAGAAGUUUAAGAAGACUAAAGAUAUAAAGCAGAAGUGGAAGAAAUGACUCUGAAAUGAAAUCAGUGAACUUGAUAUAAUGAGUGACGGGUCUGUACCAUUCUCCUUUCAAACCAAAAGACUUUUUCUUGAGGAGCAGGAGGGUGAGAGCUAAAGAGAAGGAAAAGCCUAAGAGGCAUUUUAAAAGUGUUUGUAUUAAGGGAAGUGCAGUGACACUGCCAGGAGACGGUCUAUGGAGUGGUUUUAUGAAGUGUGACUGCAAAGCUUGCAUGAGGCACUCUGCAAAACACUGGGAUAUUAUGAGGGUGCCUUAGCAGCUACAGUUUCCAUUCAGACUGACAGAUCAAUCUCUAAACUUUCCUGCUCCUUAAUGGUUGAUGUCUAUUAAAAAAAGUUUGGAUAACAAAGCAUAGAAAUGCAUUAUCCUUUGGUACAUGACUGUGUUGUAGCAUUGCUGUACAGCUGGAAAUAUUCAGAUACUGGUUCAGUAGUAAAAGCAUUCCUUUGUAGCAGUGGGGAGAUGCCAGUGUGGGGAACACACACUUUUCAUUUGGGGCUGGCUACUCUGAGCCCUAACCAUAUUGUCCUGCUCAAAAUCUUCAGAACACUUCUGUUUUGGAACACAGUGUUUAGUUUCUGUGUACUGUGCUCCUCAAACAGCUGUAAUAAAAGGCUCUUUUACAUUCGCCUUGCUCAGUAAUCUACAUUUCUUAGUUCUUAAAUAGGAUAGAAUAAUUAAUAGUUGCUAGAAAAGCGUCUUUGACUAUUGCCUGUCUUGCUGUCUGCUCACCAAGUGACGCUACUUAGCUUUGUUGGAAAGUUUUCUGUGAGGCUUGCUAGGAUGUCAGCACUAUUCAACCAACACCUUGAUCCUAGUGAUCUUUUGAGGGGGUAGGUAAGCUCCAGCUGUGCUACUAGCUUGGCAAUAAUGGAGCACCAGUCUGGAAUUCUUGUGACUGCAGACUCCAGAGGCUUCAGAACCAGGGCUGAUUUCUGAUACAGAACUCUCCCUGUUCUGAACCUUACUACUCUGGUGCAUUUUCUUGAUGUGCUAGCAUAAAGAUUUAGAAAAGGAAGACUUACCUACAGGCAACAUGUAGCUGCAUUCUAUUUGUUUGUAGAUCUCAGAGCAUCUGUUUCUAGUAAAUCCUUAAAGAAGAAAGUUCUUCCUAGUUAACACAGUAUUUGUUUUCUAGGAUGACAUUUUAUAAAAGAUGUAAAUUAAAUAUAGACCUUGUACAACACAGCCUGUGUAUUAACCUUUGGUUACUAGACUUUAUGAGAAAAAGCAGCAACAGCACA